ACAGAGAGAGGACAGAGAUGCGAAAUUAGACAAACUUUUGAAAUGGAACCAAGCUGUGAGAAUUCUUCACAUAAUGGUCAAUUUGAUGAAGGCCUUUGACGGUCGAGGUAAUCUUGGAGCAGCAUUAAAGUGUGGUCGUCAAUUUAUCGAGGUUUUCCUGAGACAAGGCAUGCCACUCCUAGACACCAUGUUCAGAUCCAACCGAGAAGAUGUACAGGGACUGCUAAAAAAUCUGCAGCUCAGCACGCGAGUUCUCCAUCACAUGUGUGGUCACUCAAAGAUUAUAAACGACAUUGCGUUAACGAAUCAAGUUCCCUUCUUGAAGAAGUGCCUGGAGGCCUUCGUGUACCGAGUAAAAGCCAUGCUGACGAUGAACAGAUGCUUAGAGGCCUUCUGGUUAGGGAACCUCAAAAACCGAGAUUUACACGGAGAAGAAAUCCUGUCUCAGGCAUCAACCACUGCUAAUUCGACAGUUGCAGACGUUGAGGAGAAUGAGGAGGAGGAUGAAGAAUCUGACAGAGAGGAGAGUGACGUGGAGGUAGAAAGUGUUGCGUGUGAUGAAUCACAAAGUGUGCAGUACUGAGGAAAACACAAGGACACUGUGAAAAUAACUUAUAUAGAUAGUUACCGUGGAGGUAGCAGAGUGACAGACACUUAAUAUUAGAAAGGUUUUUAUAGAAUUGUACAUGACAUCUGCUGAUUUGGAAAUGGAAGAGAAAAUAUAUAGUUUGGAACUGUCAACAGAAAUGGGAGCACUAGAUAUACAUGUACUGUCGACAAUUGUACUUUUAAUUUAUUCGGGACACUAAUACACAGUAAAUGCCGGUAUGCGCUACAUGUAAUUUCUAGACCAGUGUUGAAUUUUGUUGUUAUUGUGUCAUUUACAGUAUUGUUAUAAAUUAUAAGAUUGUAUUGCAUGAUUAAUAAACAAGA